AAGGAGGAAUGUGCAUGAAAAGAGCAGCUUAUCUGGAAGUAGUCACAAGUCAUGGAUUUCUGCUGCUCUCCCCAUGAUGAGACACUCAGCCUCAUAUGUAUACAGUGUACUUGGAUCCAGUAAUUAGUUUGGAUGCCCUGGUCAAGUACAUCAAGUACAUCAACAUCCCUCUCUCGAAAGUGUCUGCCACAUGUAAGCUUAGCAUUUACUGCUCUUGGUUUGGGUACAGGAUCCUUUUCCUUGGAUGAGAGGUGUGUUUUAUAGAAGGAUGGAAGGGACCUCUAGUGGGUCAUCUUAACCCUAACAGCCUAAUAUUUUUUUCCAUAUUGUGGCCAAUAUGUGAAUACAAUCAUUGCAGUCUCCAUUCUCUUCCUGCUCUGAGUGUGUGGGUGAGAUAUUGUUGAUAUCUCCAUUAUGAAGCACUUCUUACAUCAGUCCUCUUGGGCAAGCCUUUCUCCAUACUUAGAAACAUAGGUGCUGCUUGAAUAACUGGAGCAGAAGGAGGCAGAAGGUCAAAGAGAUAUGUAUCCACCACAUCUUUGUUUCAAGGAGGUUUUUUGAUCUAGAGUAUACAAAGGAAGCCGGUAGGCAAAAUGUAAUCCUUAAGUCUGGCUGAGUAAUAAGUCAUGUGAAAUGUAACACUACAUAAUGUUAUACAAUCAUGUGGAAUAGCAGAAUGUUAUUUGGGGCCAGACUUGAUGCUAAAUAUCAUACAGACAUUUAAAGAGAAACCCACCCUCUUUGGCACACCAAUCCCUCACACGUCAAUCCCUGCAUUAUUUUGGAAAUGCAUACUCACUCAAGAUGUAGAUCUUGUAAUGCUCUCUGACUGCCUUGUGUGUACUGGAACCAAAUAUUUAGGUUUAAGCUCUGUAAAAUGGAAUAGGUUUUCAAUCAAGAGGACUUUAAUAACAGGCUUUGGAGAGUCAAGAUUUUGUCACAGUGGGGAAGCUGACCAAAUACACAUUAGAGGAUUAAGGCAGCUUUGGGUUGUCUGUGAUAGAAGGAAUUAGCCUUGGUAGUUCACAAGAGGCAGUAGGAAAGCUUUGCUCAUCACAUGAGACACUGGUUUACACUCCCUAAGGCACAUAGAUUUCAUACGCUUUCUAUGAACUAGAAGAAUGAAAGCAAAACUACAUUUCCCAUGCAAAUUUCCUGAGAAAAUCGACAACUGAAGCUCAGAAUAUAACCUGAGUCACACUGGACAGCCUGACAGGCAGCACAGAGGCAGUCACACAGAGGAGCCCAGGGUGCUGGCUUUAUUGCCUUACUUGCCAGUCAGACUUGAAGGGUGUUGGAGAUGACUCUUGUUCAAAAAACUUCUGAGGGAGAUCACAAGUUCUGCUAAUGGUCACAGUUGCAUUGAAGAAAAAGACACAAUAUGGGAUCAGCUUAGCAUUAUCACAUUGCAUUUUUGCUUAUGGACAUUUAGAAGAGGGGCAUAAAAUGUUUGUCCUAAAGGAUAAAGUCACCCAGAACUGAUUUUGGGACACUUAAAACACAGACAAUAUUUGAUUACAUGUGUGCUCACAAACAUUUUGACAGUCAUCUUCCAGUCUAAUUGUGGAACGGGGGAAAGCUGCUGUUUGAACUUUGCACUGAGCAAUAGAGAUGUAGUAUCACUUCAAUCCAUCACUUGAACCCAAUGCUCAAAAAAUGUAGCCCUACAAAGACAGAUAAUGAAGGGGAUGCUCUUAAAACAGAGCUACUUGAAAUUGCCAAUUUCCAACAGCUCCACUGUUGGUCAAGUAAUAAACCUGAAGAGUUUGGCUGAGGGGCCUGAGAAAGAGAACCUGCAGAACACUCCCAAAUAUUUUGCAUUCUCAAAUCUGGUAAUGUAGCAGGAAAAGGUGGGAUGGGAUGGAAAGAAGGAAUAUUUACUCCCAAUGAUGUGUCUUCUUCCAGUUCACCCGCAAGCAGAAGCCCCUUCUUACCCAGCCAAUUGACCAAAUGAUUACAGGACAAGCAAGGCAGUGAAUGGAAUUUCUUUGGCCAGUGAGAAUCCAGUCACAUGCCAUACCCUAAUGCAGGAGAAGAGAUUCCAUAGCCAAACUCUGCAUGCUGGAGUAGAGCAAUUGGAAGGAUAAACUGUAUUAUUGCAUUCGUGGGAACGUAGCUAAAAUCCCAGAGCUUUUGCUCUGUCUGUUGUUCACAGCACAGCUGUGCAUCUAUUCCACUUCAAGAAAAAGACAUGUAUUUUCUCACAUUUUCUCUGGUUAUUUAUUAUCCAGGUGUCAUUUGUAUCUUCUUUCCUCAGAUGUUUAAUACAUUCCUUGCCAGUACAACAUCUCUAAAAGACAGAGAGCUACUCAACUCCCAGUUCCUUGAAAACAAGACAGAGCUCAGUGUACCAAAAGGUCAGGAUGAACUCUGGAAAAACCACUCUAACAAACCAGGAUGCUCUUGAAAAAGAUCCAGUGAAGAGGGUUAGCAUAAAAUUCAAGCAGACAAGAAAUUUGGCCCCAAAAGUUCACACUUCAAGCAACAUUAGGAGGGCAUCUAAAACCGUAAUUAGACACAAGUGACCAAGCAGUAAAUCUACAGGAGUGGCUGAUGCUCAGGCUGCCUCCUUGGAUAGCUCAUUAUGGACUGAAGUGCCUGUGCUUUAGGCACCCCAAUUCAAAUAUUUUUCCCUUACACUCCUGCAAUUGCACUUAUUAAAAUGUAGGAGUAAAAUGUACUUUUAUGUGCUUGUUUAUGUUUUUGAAGACUGAGCAGAAGAAAAUCACUAGAAUGAUGCUGUAUAAACACUGCUUCCGGCUCCAGUAUAAGUGCUGGGUUUUCCCUAUCUUGCUGCAUUAUCUGACCCUUUAGUUUCCCUAUCUCUGACAACCGCCUUCCUGCUUUUACUGCCUCAAGUGUGAUAUAUUAAGAGUCAUGAUGCUUUCCUAGAACACAGCAGUGACUAAUCCAGCUCUAGUGGUGUGUGAUCCGUCAGCUGAGAAUUAUAGCCCACUUAGGUCUUCUCUGCUGAGAGUAGCUACUCUGAGGAUGAAGCAGGACUUGCUCCAGCAGUCCGGCUUCACUGGAUGUCUCCAAGCCUGCAAACGGGCUGUAUCAGAGCACCAGCUAUUGCAUGACAAGGGCAAGUCAAUCCAAGACUUACGAAGAAGAAUAUUCCUUCAAAAUUUGAUCGAAGGUGUCAACACUGCAGAGAUCCGUGCAACAUCAGAGGUGUCACCUAACCCUAAACCUGCCACCAACACGAAGAACUACCCUGUCCGGUUUGGCAGUGAAGAUGAGGGCAGAUACCUAACUCAGGAGACAAACAAAUCACAGACCUACAAGGAGCAGCCCCUGAAGGUCUCAGGGAAGAAAAAGAAAGCAAAGCCUGGAAAACGUAAGGAACAAGAGAAGAAAAAGAGGCGAACCCGCUCAGCUUGGCUAAAUUCUGGCAUGUACGGAGACAUCGUGACUGAGAGCCCACUCUUGGACAUCUCUGUUACUACACAUAAUCAAACUUUAAGGAGGCGCUGACAUUUUCAGCAAGAGAUAUUUGGAAGACACAUUGCAGUAUUCUGUAAUAGUGAACAUAUGGGAAGUAUUAAAAUAUUUAUUACCUGUAAAUAUUGUAAAUGCUCAGAAUAAAACCUUUUCCCCCUGUUGCUCUCUGAAACUGCACAUUUGGUUAUUGUGAAUUGAAUUUUCCUUUUUUUUUUUUUUUUUUUUUUGGCUAAGGCUAAGACAAUUAUUAUUGUCACAUUCAACAUAAUUUAUUUUGUUGACUGGUGUAUUUAUUUUGUGAACGUAUCUUGGUGCUGCUGACUUUCUAUAUUUUUUGUAACGUAAUGCACUUUAGAUAUACAUAUUGAGUACAUUGAUAACUGACAUAAAAUGUUCCUGUUUUGUGGUUGAUUUCAAUGAAUGCCUACAUACAAUUGUUCAAACUGAUUUUCCUUUGUGCAUGUAUAAUAGCAGUAUUUUAAAAUUUGUAAAGAAUGUCUAAUAAAAUAUAAUCUAAUUAAA